ACGUGGGUCACACUGUGCGAAUUCGGGAACGCGUACACAACACGGAGCGGAGUGCGCCGAGAUAAAAAAAAAAAGCGGAAAAGCCACCACCAGAGCGUGGACGGGAAAAGGAAAAGCGGAUAGAGAGGGCCCCCAAAAACACACACCGCCUGCAUUCCUCGCGAUUCUCCAGGACACUUUUUUGUUUGCCUGUCAUCCCGUGAACCUGUGAACCCGUUAGGCGAACAAAACCUGGCAUUCCUAAUUCAAAGCUGCAUGGUUUGCUGAGUGUGUUGCCCCAGGCUCUGUCACCUGGUCAGUCCGCCCCCUCCAUCCCCCCUUUUCCCCACUCCCUGCAAGGCAAAGAGAAAUAAGAAGAAAAACGGUAAAUCAGCGGGGAAUGAGCGCGUUUGUUUUCGGGCAGGUGUGCGUUCCCAAAACAGGCGAAAAUCCAGCAGCAGCAGCAGCAGCAACAAGAGGUGGAAGCUCCAGAGUUCCAGCAUCCUUAGCAUAAUUUAAUUCGCAAAAAUCGAAACCGAAACGAAAACCGAGAAAUCGGCUCCUUCGCGAGAGAGCCAGUGCAUGUGUAUGUGUGUGUCUGAAUUUGUGCCGCAGUGUGAGUGAGCAGCAGCAUCCUGGAAGCAGGAAAAAGACAGGGAAAAUAACAAAAAUAUAAAAACAGAGGGAGCACAAGCACCUCCUCUCACCAGCGGAGGAGUAGAUGGAGUACCAGGAACAGGAUCGCCAUCAGCAUCUAAGUCAAAAUAGAGAUCGGGAUUAGCCAGGGAAGCAUCCUCCGAUGCCACCGAUGCCACCGCAAGGACAUAGAUACAGAUACAGAUACCGAUACCGAUACAGAUACACACACCCUGCUUUUGUCCAGUCAGCGGCGCAUAAUGCAGUGAUUAUAUAUCGCUCGUCUGGUGUCUCGUGCAAACUCCCAGUCCCCAGUGACAAUUAGCCCCUGGCCCCCCGGCAAUCCAUCCUGCAGUCCUGCACCCACACACAGCUCCCAGCCAAAGGAUACCCAAGGAUACCCGAGGAUAGCCAAGGAUUUUAACACAAUAGAAGCAACAGAGCCGCAGAUCCCGAAGCGCAUCAAGAUGACCACGGACUUUCUGUUCCCCAAGAUAGCGGACUGCUCCUAUGUGUCCUGUUACUGCGAGGAGAACGUGUGGAAGCUCUGCGAGCAGGUGAAGCGAACGCGGCCGGAGGAGCUGUCCAAGUGCUACGCUGUCUUCGUCUCCAAUGAGGGACGCACGGUGCCCCUUUGGCGCCAGAAGGCCGGACGCGGCGAUGAUCAAGUUGUGAUAUGGGACUACCACGUCUUCUUCAUGCACAAUCCCUCGCUGAAUCGCUGUUUGGUGUUCGAUCUGGACACCACGCUGCCCUUCCCCACAUAUUUUCACAAGUACGUGACGGAGACGUUCCGCUCCGAUCUGGCCCUGCGACCGGAGCACCACAGAUUCUUCAGAGUCAUACCCGCAGACACAUAUCUCAUUGAGUUCUCCUCGGACCGGCGUCACAUGCGUCGACCGGAUGGCAGUUGGAUCAAGCCACCUCCCUCGUAUCCUCCCAUUCUCUCGAAUACUAACAUGCACUGUCUGGGGGACUUCAUCUGCAUGAGCGCAGGAAAAGGUCCGGGAGCGGUCUACAGCCUCUCGGAGUUCGUGCAGAAUUUCUACAAGUCACCGCACGUGAUGGCGCAGAACAACAAGUAGAGGAUGGAUACAGGAUACAGAAUCCAGAAUCUCAUGGCGCGACAUCCCACUGAUGAGGAGCGCAUCCUGCAACACAACCACAUCCAAUUGCAAAUACAAAUCCGUAUCGAAAUCGUUUUGUCGUUGUCGUUACCAGACAGUUAAUUACCAAUUGCAUACAUAUACAUACAUACAUAUACACGCGAACAUAUAAAUAUAUUUAUGAUAAUGUAUUUUUGUAUUCAGGUUAACAGAAAAUCAAGUGCAGAAUAAGGUUAGAACGCUUGCGCAACGCAGCUCUUGGCGUUCAUUUGCAUUGGACUUCGAUUCUAAAGAAAUUAUAAAUCUAAUUAUACAUUUUUUUAUUGUACGUAUUGUAUUCGAUAAAAGCAACCACACAUAUAUGAUAGCCGAGGGCAGGGACGAUGAGGAUUUUUUAUUCGUUACUCUCCUCCGAAAGUACUUUAUGUAACUCUAAACCUAAGCGAAACGGAAAAGCACCAAUUACGAGUAAACAAGCCGGCUGGCGGAUAUCCAAUAUUUGAUUGGGUACCCGUUGCGCCGAUAUACAUAUGGAUAUGGAUAUGGAUCUACUACCACUUUGCAUACUACGCUACGCUCUCGAUUCUGUAAUUCAAUUUUUGGCUAGGCUCAAAGCUAACCCACACCUAAAUCUAACCUACACUCUACUCUGAACUAACUCUAAGCGAAAUCGAUCUCGAAAUAUUCGAGUUCAGAUUCGAGGCGGAAUAUUUGCAUUAAAGCUUGUUAACUUGUUUUACCGUA